UUCUCUUGGAGGAAUUUGGGGCUGAAGUUCACUGUGGGAGGCUGAAUCAGCAACUUGUUUUCUGAGGAAGCAAAGUGUUUAUAGGCUUUCAGGCCUGCUCCACUCGGUUGAAGCAGAAAACAGAGGCCUUUUGCAUUACUUUGAUUCAAGAACAAGACAGGAGGCGACUGCAUGAGACCAUGGCUGAGACGCCUGGUCCUCCAGGCACUGAGGAGCUCCCGGGGAUUCUGUGGGUCUCGUGGGCAGCCGGCACCACUACCUGUUCCUCAGAAGAUCGUGGCCACCUGGGAAGCCAUAAGCCUGGGAAGGCAGCCGGUGCCUGAGUACUUCAACUUUGCCCAUGAUGUGCUAGAUGUGUGGAGUCGGCUGGAAGAGGCUGGACACCGCCCCCCAAAUCCUGCCUUCUGGUGGGUCAAUGGCACAGGAGCAGAGGUCAAGUGGAGCUUUCAGGAGCUGGGGAAGCAGUCCAGGAAGGCAGCCAAUGUGCUAGGCGGUGCAUGCGGCCUGCAGCCUGGGGACAGAAUGAUGCUGGUACUCCCAAGGAUCCCAGAGUGGUGGCUGGUCAGUGUGGCUUGUAUGCGGACAGGGGCUGUCAUGAUUCCGGGUGUCACUCAGCUGAUGGAGAAGGAUCUCAAGUACCGGCUGCAGGCAUCCAGAGCCAAGUCCAUUAUCACCAGUGACUCCAUAGCUCCAAGGGUGGAUGCCAUCAGCGCUGAGUGCCCCUCCCUCCAGACCAAGCUGCUGGUAUCAGAGAGCAGUCGGCCAGGCUGGUUGAACUUCAGGGAACUCCUCCGAGAGGCAUCUACAGAGCACAACUGCGUGAGGACAAAGAGUCGAGACCCGCUGGCCAUCUACUUCACCAGUGGAACAACCGGAGCCCCCAAAAUGGUCGAGCACUCCCAGAGCAGCUACGGACUGGGUUUUGUGGCCAGCGGAAGACGGUGGGUGGCCUUGACCGAAUCUGACAUCUUCUGGAACACGACUGACACUGGCUGGGUGAAGGCAGCCUGGACUCUCUUCUCUGCCUGGCCUAAUGGAUCUUGCAUUUUUGUGCAUGAGCUGCCCCGAGUUGAUGCCAAAGUUAUCCUGAAUACUCUCUCCACAUUCCCGAUAACCACCCUUUGCUGUGUCCCAACCAUCUUUCGACUGCUUGUGCAGGAGGAUCUGACCAGGUACCAGUUUCAGAGCCUGAGGCACUGUCUAACCGGAGGAGAGGCCCUCAACCCUGACGUGAGGGAGAAGUGGAAGCGCCAAACUGGUGUGGAGCUGUACGAGGGCUAUGGCCAGUCUGAAACAGUUGUCAUCUGUGCCAAUCCAAAAGGCAUGAAAAUCAAGUCUGGAUCCAUGGGGAAGGCGUCUCCACCCUAUGAUGUGCAGAUUGUGGAUGAUGAAGGCAACAUCCUGCCUCCUGGAGAAGAGGGGAAUGUUGCCGUCCGCAUCAGACCCACCCGGCCCUUCUGUUUCUUCAAUUGCUAUUUGGAUAAUCCUGAGAAGACCGCUGCAUCAGAACAGGGGGACUUUUACAUCACAGGGGACCGAGCUCGCAUGGACAAGGAUGGCUACUUUUGGUUCAUGGGAAGAAAUGAUGAUGUGAUUAAUUCUUCAAGCUACCGGAUUGGGCCCGUUGAAGUAGAAAGUGCCCUGGCAGAGCAUCCUGCUGUCCUGGAGUCGGCUGUGGUCAGCAGCCCAGAUCCCAUCAGGGGAGAGGUGGUAAAGGCAUUUGUAGUCCUUACUCCAGCCUACUCCUCUCACGACCCAGAGGCACUAACACGAGAACUCCAGGAGCAUGUGAAAAGGGUGACUGCUCCAUACAAAUAUCCCAGGAAGGUGGCCUUUGUUUCAGCUGCCAAAGACGGUUUCUGGAAAGAUCCAAAGGAGUAAAUUGCGAAGUCAGGAGUGGGGGAAAUGAGGUGCAGCCCCAGGAAGGCCCCGUAGACCUCUGAAAGCUCCACCUGGAACUAAUGGAUCACUGGUCAGCCCCCAGGGGGAGCAUCAUCUCUUCAACCCUGAAGAUGUUAAAGGCCUGCAGCUUCCAAAUGGGCAUCCCCAGGAUCACUAGGCAAUGCUGGAAAGGGCAAAAGAACAUCACUGGCCCCGACCACAGAUGUGCUGCCCCGCCUAGCAAAUGCUCAAUGGCUUCACUUCUCCCUCUGUCUGGGGGCAGGCUCAGCAUCUGCCCACUGGUCUCACUUACUAAGAGCUUCCGGAUUUCCCUCCAUAGGACAGGUUACUGUAAUCUUGGGGCACUUGUGGUAUCAUUCUCUGCCAGUGGGAAUGUAAAGCCUUCAUCCUUGGUAUGCAACCAUUUGGUAAAAGUAUGCAGGACCAUAAAAUUAGCAAUAUCCUUUAGCU